CUCAACAAUGGCGUAUGUAAUUGACAAAUAUUGAACGCGAGUGCGAAAAAAAUAUGAAGUUUAACUCAGGCAAACCUGCAAAAGUGUUUGAUUGAAAAUUAUUUGAUUGAAAAGCAAUUAAUGCGAGGCGAUGAUAUGCCAGAUAAAACAAACCAAAAGUGAUUGCAUGUGCAAACUGAAAACGGAUCGGAAAUCGCAGAAAUUAGUGCUCUCUCUAUCGCUCUCCCUCGUUUCUUAAGUAGCCCCUAUCCCCACCUCCGACCGGCUCUAAGAGCACAGUGUUGUGCAAAAUGAGAUUCUGCGUUGUGGUUUGUUGCGUGUUAUUUCUGAUGGCUAGCGGCCCUAUUGCAUCAGCUAUAGUCAAAUCAAAACAACCGGCCGACUCCGCAGAAGUCGUCAGCAGCGGUGAGGAUGAAAAGGCGGACUGCACGGACUUGGCCCGCGACGAGGAGGCGCUCAUGGUGUUCUCUACCUUGGGCGGCGGACUGACGGCCAUCGAUCCGGUGACCAGUGAAAUACGCUGGACGAUAGCAGAUGAUCCCCCCAUUGUAGCAGAACCUCAGGAGAAUGUACAGGUUCCACAUUUUCUGCCCGAUCCUCGAGAUGGUAGCAUUUACCAGCUCGGCCAGAUGGGCAGCCUCAAGAAGCUACCUUACACCAUUCCCCAGCUAGUGGCAAAUGCUCCUUGCCGUUCUUCAGAUGGAAUCCUAUACUCUGGCAAGAAGAGUGACACCUGGUACAUGGUGGAUCCCAAAACAGGUAGAAGAGAAAAGGUAAUGGGCUUCGGAGAUGCCAGCAUGGAUGGCAAGGAGGGCGAGCAAAUUGGAUGGGCGACAUCGCGGGCCAUCUAUCUCGGACGGACUCAGUACACGGUCAUGAUGUACGACAGUCUAUCCAAGAACAAGAAUGCCAAGCCCUGGAACAUCACAUUCUACGACUACAAUGCUGUAAGUGCUCCUCCAGAGUUGGCCAAGGAAUACGAAUACAUCCAUCUGACCACCACCAGCAAUGGCCAAAUAGUCACCCUGGAUCGUAAACAGGGUAAAUUUUUAUGGCAGAGAGAUCUGAGCAGUCCAGUGGUGGCCGCUUUCCUCUUGGGACCCGACGGAUUACUCAGCGUUCCAUUCACCACAGUCUCCGAUGAAGCUUACCAAGCCAUACUCGAGGAGUCAAAAACCGGCAAUGUGAAUACCGUAAAGCUAUUCCAAUCACUUUAUGUGGGUGAGCACCAAAAAGGUCUGUAUGCUCUACCUUCGCUGGUGGACAAGAACACGCCUCGGAUUUCCACAACACCACCGAUCAAACUGCUCGACGGACCGGCAGGAGAGCAAAAUAAAAAUCAGGAGACCGAUCCUCGUACUAUUUACAUAAACGAUGUGCUGCAAGAGCACCCAGGUAUCAUGUUGGGACACUACAAUGUGCCCAAUGAGGGCAAUGGAAACCUGCAGCUGUCACCGACAACAUCUAGUAGCAAGGUGGUUCAAAGUUUGGCCACCAUUCACAACUACAACGAUGGAUACGGCCUGUUGGCUAACAAUGAAAAGAAUGCCGCCGACAUUGGUGUGCAAACGGAUCCAGAAUUGGUCGAAAUUGGAAUUGAUCAGAGGACAAAUGGAAACACCAUUAAUCGGACUAAGACAAUAAUUCUACAGAACAGCAAUAAGGUACAGGCCUUCAUCAACGAAUGGUUUAUGGAUCAUCCUAGCGGAAAGGUGCAUCAGAUUCUGAUUGUCAUCGUUCUUGGCAUGAUUGCCUUGUUCUGGUACACAUGCAGCACCAUGAGAGAGUUGCAAAAGCAGAGCGAGAACGGCUCAAAAACCUUCGCCAUAGCGCAGAAUAAUUCAAAUGGAAGCACCGGAAGCAAUGGAAGCAAUACAAGUGCCGAGGAUCUGGUGGAUUUAGGCAAUGGACAAGUGCGUGUCGGCAAGAUCAGCUUCAGUACAAAUGAGGUGCUGGGCAAGGGCUGUGAGGGCACCUUCGUCUUCAAGGGAACCUUCGAGGAGCGUUUUGUGGCAGUAAAACGAUUGCUGCCUGAGUGCUUCACCUUUGCCGACCGAGAGGUAGCCCUUCUGCGGGAAUCGGAUGCACAUGAAAAUGUGGUGCGGUAUUUCUGUACCGAACAGGAUCGCCAAUUCCGCUACAUAGCCGUUGAACUUUGCGCCGCCACUCUGCAGGAUUAUACUGAAGGAGAUCGCGCACUAGAACUUCAGGAUCACAUCGAUGUUUGGCAAGUGCUGAGCCAGGCUUCAGCGGGAUUGAGUCACCUUCACUCUCUCGAUAUUGUACAUCGUGACAUCAAGCCACAAAAUGUUUUGAUUUCACUACCAGACGCCAAGGGCAAAGUACGAGUUAUGAUCUCUGAUUUUGGUCUGUGCAAAAAACUCAAUUUUGGCAAGACCAGUUUCUCCCGCCGAUCGGGUGUAACUGGCACAGAUGGAUGGAUAGCCCCAGAAAUGAUGCGAUCCCAGCGAACGACAACUGCUGUGGAUAUCUUUUCUCUGGGUUGUGUCUAUUACUAUGUUUUAAGUGGAGGCCACCACGCUUUUGGCGACAAUCUAAAGCGUCAAGCCAAUAUACUUUCUCACGAGUACAAUCUGGCCAAGCUGCGUACAGAAGACGACGGCGAAAUCAGCAGGAUUAUACUGGCUGAACAAUUAAUAUCAGACAUGAUACACAAGGAUCCCCAAUCGCGUCCGCCAGCUCGCUGUAUUGGUAACCAUCCGCUGUUCUGGGAUGAGCCUAAGAUGCUAUCGUUCCUGCAGGACGUAAGUGAUCGUGUGGAAAAGUUACAAUUCCAUGCUGAGCCGCUAAAAUCGCUGGAAAAGAACGGACGGAUAGUCGUGCUAGACGAUUGGAAUGUGCAUCUAGAUCCGAUGAUCACAGAUGAUUUGAGAAAGUAUCGCGGAUACAUGGGCGCCAGUGUCAGAGACCUUCUUCGUGCGCUGCGUAACAAGAAGCAUCAUUAUCACGAGCUUACGCCUGCGGCCCAGGAGAUGCUGGGUUGCAUACCGCACGAGUUCACCAACUACUGGGUGGACCGCUUCCCGCAGCUCAUCUCACACGCCUAUCAUGCUUUCAGUAUUUGCUCCACCGAGCCAGUCUUCAAGCCGUACUACAGUGCUGGCUAUCACUUUUCACGUCCGUGGUACUUUGAUGCGGAUGAUGCAUUGUUCCCUAUGUUGAUGCGGGAUCCCAAGCCCCUACCCAAGAUUGGUAGUCCGAAAAGGACGCCGCCGCCAGCAGGCAGUCAAGUUCAGCAAUUGAAACAGAGAAAGGGGCUUUACAAUUUCCGUAAGCCGAGCGAUGAACUGCCCAUACCCGGUGUCGGUCUGCAGCGGAAUAUGGAGUUAGAUGGACAAUUAAUGGAGCCCGAUGGCAAACGGGAUGUGUUUGCCAAUUUCAAAUUCCGGAGAUACUCGAAGCCGGGAAACAAUCGCAAUUAUAACGCAGGUCACAAGGAGACACAGGAUAAGGAAAAGUACGUAAGCUGGACGCUGCCGCCUUCAACACAGGAUUAGGGCAAAGAACCCAACAGAUAAGAAGGAUAGACAAGAUUUAGUUUUAAUCAUUUAUUAAUUUAAUUAUUGAUUUUAAUUGUGCAAUUUGUGUAUAUGCAACUAUUCCAAAACAAUUUCCAAUUGAGUUCUUAGCAAAAAUAUUCAACGAUAAUUUUAGAAACAAAAAAAGAAACUAUUUUGUAUACCAAGUAAGAAUAAUGUAGUGUGUCGUCUGUCGAAUGCACGCAAUUUAACUGUGAUAAUUUUUGAUUUUUGUUUAAUGCCCAAGUGCAAAAUGAUCUAGAGUUUUAUAUAUAUAGUACUUAGAAUUAUUGUAUAUUUAUGCAUUAGUUAAGAGACCUAUCCCAACACUCUCCUAUCAAUUACGGAGAUCAACGACAAGAUGAAAGUUUUUAGUUUUUAUAUCCAUUGUAAAAGCACUUAAUUUUAAUGUUAAAUAAUGAAAUGUUUCAGUUGAUGGACAACUUAAUGCUUGAAAACGAGCUGCAUUUUCUAAGAAAUCCUAAUCUUAAUCAAAAUGAAAACUAAAUAAAAAUUUAAUAAAAAUUUUACAAAACAA